AUGAAUGUCGUCAACUGGCAGUCCACCUGGCCACGGCGAGCGGGGAACUACUAUCGUGACUGGACACGUUUCGAAAAAGAUCUCGAUGCGCUUCUUGAUUCAUUGGAUAUCAACGACCGUCGCCAGCUCGAGCAGAGUCUUCUCGAGAAACCUUUCAGAAAAGACAUACUAGCAGCUGCACCUUUUGAAAUUUUCCUGAUGGUCGUCGACUAUUUCAGCACCACUGAUUAUUUGCAAAGCGUGCAAGUUUCCAAGACAUGGUUUUCGAGACUUGUCGACCCGCGCACAGCCAGCAGUCUUGCUGCGAAAUUCGGAUUCUCCUCGCUCUGGCGGAUGGCAGUCAAUACUCCCGGAGCUCAGAUCACAGGAAACACAUCUCCAGUGGACAGGAUUAACGUCUCCCCUACGAAAUCUCCUACCUCCUUCUACGGUUCGUCACUCACUCAACAACAAGACUCGGAUGGCGGUGCACGGCUCCUUAAAGCCUUUCAUUCGAUUGGUCCCAGGACCAGUGGCAAGUACAGAUCAGUGCUCACUAAGCUCUUCUGCUGGGAAAACGAACACUUCUUUCAGUUGGAGUGCAAAUCACCAGGCACAACCGGAGAGGAAACUCAAGGCGACACAUACUACAGCCAGUUUUCAAGGCCUUCCCAUACCUCAGGUAGUAGGGAAUCCGUUGGCAAAAAUGCGAUGUACCAAGAUGGAUUGAUCACUUGGAUCCCUGAUAACGGAGCCAUAGUCAUACUCGACAACCUGAGAACCAAGUCGCGCAAGAUAUGGCAGGUUGUUUUGCGUCACACGGAGGAGACUACAGAGAAGCUACGCCUUAUGGGAGUAAGCGGAGAAUUGGUAGUUGUACGUUUCGGCAGAACGGUCCAUGUUUGGAACCACAGCUCCAACGAGACGUCUGUCUUCGACACUGAAACAGAACUACGGUCAUGUGUAGUAGACGCAAGCCGUUUUGUUGCAAUCACAGGCUGCAGCGAAAUACACGUGGGACGAUGGGGAAGGCCCACGGUUUCUUUCAGACCUCUCACGCCGCUCGAAGCAUACGAGGAAUGCGAACAAGGCCUCGAUCAGGCGCGCCAUUGCCACAAGACCCUGAACGCCUUCCUCCACCCAUCCGACCCGGAUAUUGUGUACUGCACAAUGGCACUACCGGUAUUGAAGCGCCGCAAGGACCGUCUACAGUUUUGGGUUAAGAAGGUUAACAUUACUAACUGGAAGUUUACCUGGUGGCCAAAAAUCAUCAGAAGCUAUGGGGGCUGGCUUCAUAGCCAAGACCACCCCGACAAAGUUUUUGUCUCGACAAAUACGGCAAAAGCAAACAACUUCGGCCUCUACACGGUUGGAUUGGUCCUUGGGCGGAUCGCACACGAGCCCGCCAUCGAUACUGAACUUGCCGACAGGGUGACGAUAUGGGUGACUUUCGAUAUCUUCCGGGAAGAGUUCAGUACCGACAUGUGGUACGCUUGCGGCCUGCGCAGAAGGGACAGUCCUCGCCUGCCGCACUUUAUAGGCUCAGCCCACUUUUGGAAUCGCCGAGUAGUAUACCAACCCUUUCCCGGCCCUUGGGAGCCGACGAGGUUUCAUUUGCUCGUUGCGAAUGUAGUCGGCAGAAACAGCGACACUGACUGCCAGAAGCUGUGUGGCCCUUGGAGGUUAUGUGAGGCGGCCUUUUGCGGCGUCACCCCAACAACCCGUCCUUCUGGUGAAAACAGAGGGAAAGCAUAUGCCGAAGAGUACGGUGUCUCUAUGGAUAUAAAGGGGCCAGAUGAUACCUCCCCGGCGUGGAUCGAUAUGCAAGAUCUUCGCCAGAGAUGGGCUCGCGUGGAGGGCUGGCAAAGCCAGUAUCUGUUCUCACAGGCCCCCCACGGCUACGCAACGCCAAGAAUGGGCGUCUGCACCCGAGUGAUGGGCGAUGAUGACUUCCUUGUCAUGCUUACUGAUGACGGUUUCAUCGCGUGGAGCUUUCACUCGGAUCUCGACGAUCCUACUGAUCACGAGUGGGAACUCGUCGAGAACGGCGGCCUUGGUUUCCACGGACCAGACCCACACGGCCACAUGGUGAAUUACGACCUGAUGGUGCUGGUACCCGGGAAUAUAAAGGAUUUCCCCGAGGAAGUGGACAACGACGAUGAGCCGGACUAUACAGACGAUGAGUCCAGCGAGGAUGAAUCGGACAGUAAUGAUCAACCAGGCAACGAUGAUGCACAAGGUGGUCAUAAUACGCCGGGCAAUGAAGAUGGGCUGGGUAAUGAUGGUGAGACGGUCAGUACCUAA